AUGUGGUCAACUAGUCUCAUAUUACCUAAACUGUUGAUUUUUCUCUAUAUUUUGGUUAUUUUCGUUGUCAAAAGUAGCCAAAUUGAGUAUACUAUUCAUGACUACAACUAUUACAAUAUCAGUGCUGGUAGUAAUGAAAGGAGCGGUAAAAGUAAGUUGGUUUAUAAUUUUUUUUAAAAAAAGAAAUUUCUUGCCAUUUUUUGGUUUGUAAAGAAAAUUUGUGUCAUUUUUUUAUUUUCAAAGAAAGUUUUUGCCAUUUUUUAAUUUGUAAAAAAAGUUCUUGCCAUUUUAAGCUCUGUAAAGAAAGUUAUUGCCAUUUUUUAAUUUGUAAAGAAAGUUCUUGCCAUUUCUUGGUUUGUAGAGAAAGUUCUUGCUAUUUUGUAAUUUGUAAAGAAAGUUCUUGCCACUUUUUGUUUUGUAAAGAAAGUUCUUGCCAUUUUUUGUUUUGUAAAAAAAGUUUUUGUCAUUUCUUGGUUUGUAAAGAAAGUUUUUGCCAUUUUAUGGCUUAUCAAAAAAAUUUACAAAAAAAUUUUAAUUGCAAGAACUUUCUUUACACUAAGUUUGCUUUUCUGUGAAAAAACUUUAAUUGGUUUUAGAAGUAAAAUGCAUGUUUGAUGGCCAAAGACUGGACUUGGAUCAAGUUUCGAACGGUCGAACUGACGCCAAUUGCUACAACUGUGUUUGUAAAGUAAGUUUCUUCUUCUAGGGCUAGACCUAGGGCAAUGUUUUUUUAUCAGAUUCGGAUAGGUUGACUUAAGCUGGUGUGGACUGGUCUCUGCUGGGCUGAACUGCGUUAAACUGGACUCAGAUGAGCUGAUUUUGAAUUAGGUGGACUGGCCUGGUCUGGGUUGACUUGGAACGAGCUAGGCAGGAUUAGGCUGAGGCUAGGCUGACGUAAGCUGAAAUAAGCUAUGGUGGACUGGCGUGAGUUGAGAUAGGCCAAGCUGGGGUUUGGACUAGGUAUAGAUUUGGGACUAAGGCUGGGCUAGGGCUCUAGGCUCGGGCUCUGGGCUAGGGCUCUGGGCUGAGGCUCUGGGCUAGGGCUCUGGGCUAGGGCUCUGGGCUAGUAGGGCUCUGGGCUAGGGCUCUGGGCUAGGGCUCUGGGCUAGGAUUCUGUGCUGGGCUGGGCUAGGCUAAAAUAUAAAAAAUCAAUUUUCAGCACGAAAACUUGCUCUGUACUAAAAAAGAAUGUCCAUCAAUCAGCCCAAUUUGCCCUCUGGUUGAGCCUUCUGAAGACAAUGCCUGUUGUCCAGAGUGUAGUAAAUGUAAAAUCAAGACCGGUCGAUCGAAACAACAUGGUGCUAUUUGGGCUAGUAAUAGUGAUCGUUGUACUAGAGAGAUGUGUCAGGUUAGUUUUGCCAUUUUUUAAAUCUGUAAAGAAAGUUCUUGCCGUUUUAUGGUUUUUAAAGAAAGUUUUUGCUAUUUUAAGAUCUGUGAUAAAAGUUCUUGCAAUUUUAAGUUUUGUAAAAAAAAUUAUUGCCAUUUUUCAAAAACCAAUUUGUUUACCUACCACUUUGUGUUAAUUACGGUAAUCUUACAUAAUCAAUCAGAUUAUGAUAUGGAAUCGAUUAUGUUGGACACGGUAAUUGACCUGGCACACGCCAAUUAUAGCUACCAUAAGGUCAAGUGUUACCUAAAAUUGCGUGAAUUACAAUAAAAUCAAAAUGUUUUAAAAAAUUGUUGCUAUCAUGACAUGCUUGUACCUAUAUACUCACUGGUAAUAUAUAAAAAUCAAUUUUUAGACCGGAGUAACCACCUAUAGUAAAAUGCACUGCUUAAGUGACUGUGACAACCCAGUUUAUAUGGCCAAAACUUGUUGUCCAUUAUGUCCGGUAAAAAAGACAAAACGAUUACAUUUUGACCCAUGCGUCAGAUGUGAAGUCAUUUGUAAGUUUUUUGUCAGAAAUUUCAAAAAAUUUAAAUUUUAAAAUUUCAUCGGCCAAAACCGCCAAUUUUUUGAUUUUUUGCUUGUUUUUGAGUCGUUUUGCCAUUCUUUUUUGGAUUAUCUUGAAACUUUUUAAGUUUAGAUAAUGCCAAAAGCAUAAAGAACAUUGUUUUGUACCUAACACGUCAAUUUCAUAUCAUAUACACGUUAUAUUUUGGUAGUUUUUCUCAAUUUUUGGCUUCCAAGUUCAAAAAAGUUCGAAUCUGCUUGGAUGCAAAGAUCAGUUUUGCGCUGUAAAACAAGUUUUCGCAUCAUAAACUUGUUGUGAAUUAUUUCAAAAUUAAUAUAAAUUAUUUGUGUGUACUUAGAAUCUUAAUUUCAUGACGUAUACACGUUUAAUUGUGGCAGUUUUACUCAAUUUUCGACUUUCAAAUUUAGAAAAGUUCGAAUCCUCUUGGAUGCAAAGGGCGUUUUUGCCAUUCUUUUUUCGAUUUUGGUAAAAAAUGUUAAAUUUAGCUAAUGUUGAAAGCAUGAAGAAUAUUUUUUGUGUUUAAAAUUUUAAUUUCAUUACGUAUACACGUUAAAUUUUGGCAGUUUUGCUCAAUUUUUGGCUUCCAAAUCUACAAAAGUUCGAAUCUGCUUGGAUGCAAAGGUCAUUUUUGCGCUGUAAAAAAAGUUUUUGCAUAAAAUUUGUUUUAUAAAUUUCUUCAAAAGUUACAUACAGGUUUAUUGCACUUUUUAGUUGUAGCAGUUUUUAUAUUUUUCACACUCAACACUAAUUUAUAUUGUUUUAGUUGGUCUCUACGAGCAAUGUUUCAAACUCGCCUGCCCUGUCCUCAACUGCCCCAUCUCCACUCAAAUUCAGAAGCCAGGUCAAUGUUGUCCAGAAUGUGGUCAACAACGUCAGAUUCACAAAAUCGACCAUUAUUGCGAGUUCCGUGGUCAAUAUUUGAAGCUUGGCUAUGCUUUUCGACCAGAUGUUUGUUCAAGAUGUGAAUGCACUGUAUAUGGCGUCGUAUGUAAGAGAUUCGUAUGUCCACCAAACUGCCGGCAUCCCAGGUAUAUGCCACAGGUGUGUUGUCCGUUUUGCGACCGGUCGAAAGAGGCAGAGGAUCCGAGUGAGCGGUUGUGCUAUGUUCAGAUCAAUAACAAUGUCACCAAGUAUAAGGUGGGUUUUUACUUUUGAAUUUUGAAAAGAUUAUCUUAUUUGUUUGAUGUUUAGGUAACAAAAAGUCAGUUUUUCAGAGCCUAAAAUAAUUUUCUAAUGCUUUUUUAUUAAAUUCAACAAGUUAAGCAUCGGUGCGCUUGAUUACCGAAAAGUUCGAUUCCGCUUGAAUGUAAACUACAAAAAUAGGGUCGUAAAGAAAGUUUUUGUAGAAAAUUUAUAACGAAUAUUAAAAGGCAGGCUAGAAUACAUCUUUUUAACGUUAUUUUAGUUUUUUUAUUUACUGGUCUAAAAGUUAUUGCCCGUUUUGUCCAAUUCUAGCCUGUUUUUAGGAGAAAUUUUAUGAUUUUAGCUAAAAUAAAAGUUUGUAAAGAAAGUUUUUGCAAGAAAAAUGUAUUAACUCUAAUUUACAUUUAAAUUUGACAUUUUUCUAUUCAAACCGAUUUUUAAAUUUUAGAUUGGAAAUAUAUUUAUUGCGCGUUUUGUCCGCUUUUUGCUUUUUUUUGAGUAAUAUUUUAGGGUUUUAGCUGAAAUAUAAAUCUGUAAAGAAAGUUUUUGCAUUCAAAGUAUGUUUAAACGUAUUAACAAUUUAAUUUUACAUAUUUUCAUAAAAAACGAUUUCUAAAUUUUAGAUUGGAAAUAAAGUUAUUGCGUAUUUUCUUCUUUGUGGUUUAGAACUUGAAGCCUUACUUUAGUACUUUUUGGUUCAUAAGCUAUAUCUUUGGGUACUUUUCUAUACUUUUUUAGAUUUUAAAGUAAGAACUGAUAUCUUACAUUACUAUUAAGACUAUAUUGUUACCUCACUACUUCUAAUUUUUUUCAAGAUCUUCACUUUUAGCAAUCCGAGCAAUGGUCCCCAGAGCCUUGUUCAAUUUGUCGCUGUGAGAACGGUGAAAUAUCAUGUAAAACCAAGACUUGCCCAAUGUUAAACUGCCCAGUAACUAUUGCCAAUCCAGAUGACAAAUGCUGUAAAAUGUGCAAAGAGCCAGCUACUAGGCCAGGUUUAAAUUUGCCAAGCUUGAGAAGAGAACUUCAUUGUUCAUUGAGCAAGAAUGGUUUGGUUGGCACGUUCGAUGGUGAAUUCUUCCGACUGGAUUCUGGAUCUUGCGAAUUUGUUUUGACUCAGAGAUGCGCUUUGGAUGGGUAAGUGCCUUGCCUUGCCUCGCCUUGCCUUGCUCACCCUACUUUAAUAUACUCUACCCUUCCCUAACGUACCCUACCCUACGGUAUUUUCUUUUCUUCGACAGUACUUCCCCUUACCGUAACUUACCCUACUUUAUCCCCGUUCUUUUGCAUAGCAUCCUGUCCUACGCUACUGUAAUUUAUUUCCUUUUACAGUACCCUGUCCUAACCUAUCGUACUUACUCUACUCUACUCUUAUCAUACUCUACCUUUCAGAAAUGCAUCACCUUUUAUAAUAACCAUAAAAAUGGCACCAAAUGGGACUCCGAAGAAGAUUGGAGUUGAAUUGGCGAUUCAUAAUGGCUACAAACUGGGGAAGAUGUAUCUGAUUCAUGGCAAAGUAAGUAGCUUUACCUAUAAAACGACCCGUUUUCUCUAACUUAGUUCAAGGCCUGCUCUUGAUAGGAUACGGCAACUUAAGGGACAUGAUGUUGACUAUAAGAGAUGACAAGAAAGCAUAAUAUAAUACAGUAAUUUUCUGAUUUUAGGAGCUAAAAUACCGAAACCGUCGGAUCAAAUUGCCUAGGGAUACGGACCGUUUCCGAGCUUUUAUCGACUCGAAUAAUGAAAUGAAUGUCAAGUUACAUGGCACUGGAGUCAUCAUCAAAUGGGGACCUCAUAGUGACAUUAAGAUUGGGGUAAGGACGAUUUUUUUAAUUGGAAAGAAAGUUCUUGCUAUUUUAUGUUUUGUAAAGAAAGUUCUUGCCAUUUUUAAGUUGAAAAAACCCAAAGUUGCGCUUGGCAGCCUGUGCGUAACACGUUAUACGAUGAAACUUAUUUGUUUGAUUUGUAAAGAAAGUUUUUGCUAUUUUUUUGUUCUGUAAAGCAAGUUCUUGCCAUUUGUAAUUUGUAAACAAAGUUCUUGCUAUUUUAUGAUCUGUAAAGAAAGUUCUUGCUAUCGUAAGCUUUGUAAAGAAAGUAAUUGCCAUUUCUAAGUUGAAAUAACCCUAAAGUUGCGCUUGGCAGCCUGUGCGUGACAUAUUAUACGAUGAAUUCCAUUUUACGGUUUGUAAAGAAAGUUCUUGCUAUAUUAUGUUUUGUAAAGAACGUUUUUGCUAUUUCGUCUUCUGUAAAGAAAGUUCCUGCCAUUUAUUGAUUUGUAAAGAAAGUUUUUGCCAGUUUAUGUUUUGUAAAGAAAGUUCUUGCUCUUUUAAGCUUUGUAAAGAAAGUUCUUGCCGUUUUUAAUUAAAAAGAUCAAACGUUGCGUAUGGCAGCCUGCGCGUCACAUUUUAUACGAUGAAUAACAUUUUAAGACUUAUAACUAAAGUUCUUGCUUUUUUAAGAUUUGUAAAGAAAGUUAUUGCCAUUUCAUGGUUUUUAAAGAAAGUUUAUGACAUUUUAUAAUUUGGAAACAAAGUUCUUGUCAUUUUAAGCUUUGUAAAGAAAGUUUUUGCCAUUUUUAGGCCGACAGGUCGUCAAACGCCAACAUUCUUUGUGGUUUGUGUGGCAACUUCAAUGGUCAUCCAAGUGACGACCAUUGGCCACAAUUCGGCCUUGGCCCGGCCGCCUCUAUCUUCGAAUUCGUUGAAUCCUGGAAAACGGAUUCAGAAUGCGGAUUAGAAGACAUUUAUGGUCAAAGCGAGAGGGAUGUGGAUGAAAUCGAAAUGGAAGAUCAGGAUGAUGUGGAUGAUCAGUAGGUUUUGGACUUGAAAUGGAUAGAGAAUAGGCAUGGACUAGGGCUAACAUCUCCUAAAACCCUUAAUAUUUUAGUUGUUCCAAGCUGUUUUCCCCCUCAAAGCGAGCGGAACGUCGCAAAUUCUCGAAAAAUUGUCGAAAAAUGAAGAAACUUUCUUUACUCUCCGCCUGCCGCACCACUCUACCCUACUCUGACUUCCUCAAACAAUGUACAAUAUCAGUGUGUAAGUGUGAGGAGCUGAAUCGACGAAGAAAACGACAGAAUUCGAAGGUAAUGGAGCCAUGUUAUUGUAGACCCAUCCAUGACUAUGUUGGAGAAUGUGCCAAACGAGGGUUGUUGACCAUUGGUGGGUCGGAUAUGACGAAUCAUGAUGGUAGGGUUGUGAUUCAUCCCAAAUGCUCCGAUUUUCGACUUUUAAUUUGAAAAAUUUUUCAAUUUUUUGAAAUUUUUAAAAUUCAAAUUUGAUUUUUUUUUGAAAUAUUUGGAUCUCCACAGUAAAUACAUGUCAUAUUGUAAUUGCUAAACAUUUUUAAGUCACCUUUUGAAAAUAAAUCAUCACAUAUGCCUCCAACUGAUAAAAAAAGGUUUAUUAAGUACCAAUAACCAACAAUAAUUUAAAUUUAAGGCCGUUAUUGACAAAUAGAGAUCAUAACACAAUGUAGAAUAGUUAACAUAGAUCGUAUAAUUAGGAAUUGAUAAGUAAUCGAAUAUUUUUAAGAAUGAUAAGUUGAAAAAGAACAGAAAAAUGCCUUUAAAUACCCAUAAGUUAAGUUAUAAUAGGUUUUUCAGAUAAUCCUGAGCUCCCUCAAAAAGUCAGGUUGUUCAAAUAA